UCACACUCUCCUCCACCUUGAUUGCGGAGACCACUUACUCCACCUUCUCCAUCUCUCUCUGACUCAGAUCCGGCCAUGGCGCCACCGCCACUCUUAGACCGGGCCUCAUCAGCAGCAAUCCCGUCAUCACCGCCAUCGAUGCCGGCUUACACACCGUCGCGCGUCGCGGGUGAAUUUUCGGUGCGAUUCGCUAUAUUUUUUCCUACAAUUGGGUCGUUCUUCACGGCGUCGCGGGCGCUGGCCCUGGCGUGCUCCUUCGUGGCCAGCACGCAGCCACGCGGCCGUAUUUUUGCGAGAUGCUGGAGGAGGGAGACGAGGAGGAGCGCGCCUAUCCCUCCUACUCAGGCGAGGGGUUGGAUGUCGUUAUCGGUGUUGUGGCCUCCUUGGACGCCAUUUCUCUUUAGUUUAGCCAAUGGUAGUGCUCGUUUAGUCGUCGAGGUGACAUAGGCCGAUCGAUCAAGAAUCCUACAAAAAUUGAGCCUGAACUUUCCUGGCUUGACCAUUUCAUGCCAUCUGAAGAAAGCAAUUUAUUCAUAAGCUGUUAAGAGAUUGGGCCUAGAUUUUUAAAUUUAGCCCGAACCUGACCUGCCUAUUUUUGAAGAAUAGGCCCGAAGAUGCAAGUUUAUAUAUUGAUGAAACUUGAAAACCUCCCCAGUUCGCAUUCAGCAAUUCAUCCCUCAUUAGUCCAGCACUUUCCCUUGGGACAGCAUCAUCUUCUCCCAUGGACUUAGAUUUCCCAGCUGGUAGUAGCGGCAAGGAUGUUGACACCUUCUUCAUGGACAAAGAUAUGAUGCAACUCGUCAUGGCAUGCCUGUCGCCGCGUAGGAUGCUGAUUUCAUGGUCGCCGCCACCACCAAGCCUGAUGGCAGUAGCGGGGUUUGGUAGCCUGCAGAAUUGUGAUGACGACCGCAUGUCACCUUUGCAGACGGCCCUCAUCCCUGCACAUGCCAGUCCUGCCACCAUCCAAGGUGAGCAUGCGUCCUUUCCGUUAGCUCACUUUACCUUCUUCUUUUACUUCAAUCUUCCAGUUCUGCUCCGUAUAGGUGAUAAUUCCCAAAGGAAACUAGAAUGUGUUGGUAGUAAGUGGCAUCUCCACGCUUUACUUCAUGAUGGCAGCACAUAUGGUUUAUCCGUGUUGAAGGAGAGGCUUAUACAUCCUCUCGGAUAUUUCGAAGAGUCCACUGAUUCAUGCCUCCUAGUUCAGGUUUGGGCACCUGUCAACAACAAAGGCCGCUCUGUGCUUACCACUUCAGGACAACCUUUCGUGCUUGACCAUCGGAAUACCAGGCUUCUUCAGAAGCGGCCCGUAUCCAUGAUGUAUACCUUCUCUACUGAAGGCAGUAAUGUAGGGGAAUUUGGGUUACCAGGUCCGGUAUUCAGGCUCAAAGUUCCAGAAUGGAGACCCAAUGUUCAGUACUACAGCAGCAAAGAGUAUCCACUGCUUAUCCAUGCAAUGAGUUACAAUGUUUGUGCUGCUAUUGCCUUGCCUGUGUCUGAUCCUCAUACAAAGUCAUGUGUUGCUGUUGUUGAACUUAUACUGAUAUCAAAGAAGGUGAAUUUUGAGUCUGAGGUUGAUUUGAUAUGCAAAGGACUUGAGGCAGUUAAUCUCACAAGUUCUUAUAUUUCAUUCCACCCAAGUGCCCAGAUACUCAAUCACAGCCGUCAAUCUGCUCUGGUUGAUAUAUUGGAAAUUAUCACAAUUAUUUCUGAAACACACAAGCUGCCCUUGGCUCAAACCUGGGUUCCAUGUUGGAAUAACAGAAAUGGUAUGUGCCAUGGUGGUAGCCUCAAGAAUUCAUGCUUACAUUUUGAUGGUUGUUGCAGUCACGGAGUAUGCAUUUCAACCUGUGAUGUGGCAUUCCAUAUUGACGAUGCUCAUAUGUGGGGAUUUAGGAAUGCAUGUGUGGAGCAUCGCCUACAGAAGGGACAGGGGGUUUCUGGAGACGCAUUUCUCUCAAACAUGCUCUGCUUCUCGAAAGAUGUUAGCCAGGCCUCUAAACUGAAAUAUCCCCUGGCACACUAUGCUCGUAUAUUUGGGUUAGCUGAUUGUAUUGCAGUUUGCUUGCAGAGUUCAUACACCGGUGAUGAUGUUUACAUAUUGGAGUUUUUCCUGCCACUAGAUUGCCGAGAAGAUGGUGAGCAGAAGGCGCUUCUGGAGUCUAUGUCAGUUCUGAUGAAACAGAAUCUGCGCAGUUUGAAUGCAUCUUCUCAUGGAGACUUCGGAUCUCCUUAGUUCAGUGACAUGCCUGUGAUUGGGAAUAAAGAGCUGAAGGAAACAUAUGCCCAGAAUCCAGAAAGUAGGCAUUGUGAAUCACCUUUGGUGCUAGACAGAAGCAAAAGGAUGCGAAGGAACACUGGAAAUGCUGCAGCAAGCAUCAGUGUUGUCCACACACCAUCCUUCUACACAGUCGAUAAAUGUACCAAGAUCAAAAUCAAAAUCAAGAUCAAAAGUAUGGAAUCACUUCAAGAGGACGGAUGGAGCGCGAGCGAUUUGCAACUAUUGCAACAAGGACUACGCAGCCGACCCAAAAACGCAUGGGACUUCUUGUUUGUUGAGGCAUUUGAAGGAUGACCAUGGGAUUGACCCCAAAGCCGCAUCUUCAGCAAGUGGGAAGUGACACCAUUUUGCUUGGUUUUAACUAGAUUGUGGGCAACGCGGCUCUCGGCCCUCCACUCAAGCCACACCCUUUUACCGCCUCCUUCGGCGCACCGAACACUUUGAAUGGACGGAUGCAGCCACGGCCGGACUCCACGAAAUAAAAGCCAUAUUGGCAACAAACCCAGUCCUGGCCGCGCCAAACAUUGGCGAACCAAUGCUAUAGUACAUUGCAGCAACACAUCAGGUUUUAAGCGUAGUGCUCGUCGUCGAACGAGAA